GGGCAGCUGAGGGCCGGGCAAGGGGGGUGGAGAGCUUGAGCCCCUGGGUGUGCGCGGUGGUAAACGCCGCCGUGUUUGGGGGAGAGGAAAUGUCUCUCGGAACCUUGAGGAGCCGCCGGGGUGCGGCGACGCGGGGCUGACCGCAGAGCAGGGGUGUUGGUGCAGCCGCUGUGGCCUCCCCGCCUGCCGCGGGCUCCUGCGCCACAGCGGCCUUCGUGUGGGCUGGCGGGACUGGGUACUGGCUCUGUUCUUCCUUUUAAUAAUAAAAUAUUAAUGUCAUCAGCGUAACAAAUAAGCCUUAGCAGGUCGGAGAUGUAAAGAGGUGCUGAAGCUGUGAAAGCAGGGAUUUUUUUGAAAUAAGGGAGGAAAGCUUUUAGAAUCACUGGUGUUCACUUAGGGUAAAUUUUAAAGUGUCUUGGCUUCAGGAAACCUACAAUACAAGGAACAUGAUAGUAGCAGUCCCUAUUUUUAAUUUUUUGUGGUCUCACGAGUUUGAAACAUGAUGAAAGGUACACGCUGACCUGCAGAAAAAGAGCUUUUAAAUCUAGAUUUUUUUUUAAAGGUAAUUUUAAUUAUACCAAGCAUUUAAAUAGUUGGCAUCUGCUCUCAUUGUGCAUAGUAUGCCAUUCCUUUACUAACUUUUAUCCUUUCCAUUGGCAGCAUAAAAUAAUUCGUCAGACUUUCAACUGGCAGAAAAAGAACAAUACCUCUGUGGGCUCAGUGGAGGCUCUUCUGUGACACACCGUGCCCCACGUGAAACACUGAAAACAUAUUAUUAGCUUGGACUGCUGCAAGUGGGAAGAGAACCUCUGGUCAUGAUUUCCUUAUUGGACAUGUUUACAGGGGUGUGGAAACAUUGGGAAAGGAACUUUUUAUGUAUUUUGAUCAGAAGGCUUUGAGGAUUCACUUCGGUAUGAACGGUUCCAUGUGCAUCAAUCCUGAUGGAAGCAAAGACAGAAAUGAAGCCCUAUCAGUUUUGGAGCUACAGCUUACAGAAGAUACAGUUUGUUUUUAUAAUGUGACAGCAGAGUAUAGAAAUGCAGCAGAGAGUGAGCAGAAAGUGAGAAUGAUGGAAAGCUUGGAUGUCUGUUCUCCAAAGUUUAGCUUCUCAAGAGCAGAAAGUGAGAUCAAGCAGCAGAAAACCCGCCUGUUGUGUGAUGUGUUGCUGGAUCAAGCAGUAUUGCCUGGAGUAGGAAAUAUCAUAAAAAAUGAAGCACUGUUUGACAGUGGUCUCCAUCCAGCUGUUAAGGUUUGCCAACUGACAGAUAACCAAAUAUGUCACUUGGUGAAAAUGACACGUGAUUUUAGCCUGCUUUUUUAUAAGUGUCGCAAAACUGGGUCUCCGCUCUACAAACACUACAAAGUGUACAAGCGCCCAACCUGUGGUCAGUGCAAUGGGAAGAUCACUGUGUGUCGUUUAGGAGAGAAUAAUAGGAUGACUUACUUCUGUUCUCAGUGUCAAAAGGUGGAUCCCCAGCUUGUCAAUGUUAGCAAACUGCCAACUAGAAAUAGCCUAAUUGGCUGGGCAUAUGUCAGGGAGUCAUCUUGCAAUGAACAUGUAGCUCAGAAAUCUGAAGAGGAGUGGAUAUGUAUGCGCUGUACCCUAAUAAAUAAGCCUUCUGCUGAAAUUUGUGAUGCCUGUUUGACUUCAAGGCCUGAAGGUACUGAAAAGUUGUCUGGAAGUUUGACUUCAAGGCCUGAAGUUCCAAAAACAGAGAAUGUUGAAGAUUCUGCAGCUUUAAAUGCAAACUUACUGAAGUACCCUUGUAAUGAUUUCAGAAAACCAAGUACAGAAAUAAAGAUCAAUAGAAAAGCUGCAUUUGGAACUACAACUCUUGUCUUAACAGAUCUUGGUAACAAAGCUGUUUUGAGAAAUGAUAUCCUGACAUCUGAUGCACACUCUCAGUGUGUUGCUCCAAAAAGCAACUGUAGCCAGAUCCAAAACAAUGUCUACCAGUCAGGGGGAAGCACAGACAAGGAUUGCUCAACACACAUAACUGCUAUGGCUUUGUCCUCCUGUCAGCAACCUCUCUCUUUCAAACACAUACAGAAGAAACAGAAAACUGGUCAUCUACCUUCUGUUCACCAAUAUAAUGUAGCAGCCAUCAAACCUCAAGAUAAUGUGACAGAUGAUACUCGUAUGUUAAGCAUGGGCCGUCCUCACUGCAUCAAACACAGCCGUCUCUGCAGCCUCAGAGUUGUGAGAAAGGAUGGAGAAAACAAGGGCAGGCAGUUUUAUAGCUGUCCUCUACCCAGAGAAACUCGGUGUGACUACUUUCAAUGGGCUGACUUGGAUUUUCCAUUUUGUAACCACAGCAAGCGAUGUGUUAUGAAGACUGUGUUGAAGAUUGGUCCCAAUAAUGGAAAGAACUUUUUUGUGUGCCCUCUUGGGAAGGAAAAGCAGUGUGGUUUUUUCCAAUGGGCAGAAAAUGGGCCAGUGAUGCAGGUUAUUCCUUGAUGUCAAUGUUUUAGUUAUCUGCUCUUCGAGCUGUCUUAAAUGUAUACAGCUUUCCUCGUAAUUUGUUUUGUCUUUUUCCCUUUUCACUGGUUAAUUAGUAAAAUAGCUCCAACAAUGUAAAUAACUGCAGAGUUCGAAAGAAUAAUUGUAUAUAAUCCUAUAAAAAUUAUUUUAAAAAAAAUCCUAUAGAAAUAUAAAAAAAUUAUAAAAUCCUAUAAAAAUGCUGCUGCAUGCUAUUUUGAAAUAAUAUAUAUAUUGUGACAUGUUAUACUUCUAAUAAAAAAAUUAAACUCUUUUCUUAUUUCAUAUAA